AUGACUGCCUCUGCUGUAGGGGGCCCCCCAGGGGCCCCCUCCCCGCUAGGCACCCCCAGCCUACUUCCGGAAGAUAAACAGCAGCAGCAGCAACAGCUGCUGCUGCUGCUGCAGCAGCAACAGCAACAGAGAGCAGCACAGAAGAGGUGUCCCGCAGGGAAAGUCGGCUGCGAAUGUGCUGCUGUUGAUGCAGCAAUCGAUGUGCUAACUGCAGCAAAAGUUGCUGCUGCUGUUGACGCGGAAGCAGGCGCAGCAGCAGCAGCAACAGCAGCAACAGCAGCAGAUGUUGCAGCAGCCCGUCGAUUGCUAGAUCGUUUCGUAUGGAGACGAGACUCCUGGGGCCGCUGCAUUGCUGCUGUUGCUGCUGGUGCUGCGCUCCAGCGCUCUCAACUGCAGCAGCAGCAGAAGCUGCCUCUCCUGUUUGCCUGCAGCAGCCGCAGCAGCAGCAGCUCCUGCGCAGUAACAGCUGAGGCGAGCAGUUGGUGCGGGGCAGCGUCGGACGAGGCCAGGGCCUCAGCAGCAACAGCAACAGCAGCAGCAACAGCUGCAGCAGAUAGUGCAGCAACAGCAGCAACAGCAGCACCCACCCAGGAGUUGCUGCUGGGGCGAUGUAUGUUUGCUGCAAGAACUUUGCUGCUGCAGGCACGGAAGGGCCUCCCGAGUCUGCAGCUGCCUGCGAUUGCAAGCGAUCCUGCUGCUGCUGCUGCUGCUGAAGGAGACAGUGCAGCAGCAGAAGCAGCAGCAGCAACCCUAGAGCCCCCGUCUCACAACAACUUAGAGUGCCCCUGUAUAGACACCACACAGCAGCAGCUGCAGCAGCAGCUACUAGCAGCAGAGCCAUUAGGGCCGCCGCUGCUGCUGCACCGCAGCUUGGCCACGCUAAUUGAGGCUUGCUGGGCUUGCUGCAGCAGCAGCAACAGCAGCAGCAGCAGCGGCAGCACCUGCAUACCGCCUGUUGCAGUUCUGGAGGAUCUGUGUGCUGCUGCUGCAGCGCUGCUGCUGCUGCAGCUGCCCUCUCCCUCAACUGUACAGAGGGGGAGGCAGCAAAGCGUUAUACGGAGAUGCAUGCGCUUAGUUACCUUGGGGCUGCAGCAGCGGCAGCAGCAGCAGCAGCAGCAAGGCGGAGAGGUCUUGCUGCUGCACGCGCACUUGCUGCAGCUGCUGCUGCUGCAGCAGCUCGUCGCAGCAGCAUUCUGCCCAAACAUUUGCUGCUCCCCUCUGCAGCGUCAGCGCCUUCUUGCUGCAGUGUUUGCAGAGGCUUCGCUCGUGCUGCAGCUGCUGAAGGAUGGCCUUGCUGCAGUCACUGCUGCUGCUGCUGCUGCUGCUGCUGCUGCUGACACAGAAGCUCCGGGGGCUGCAGACAGCAGCAGCGAAACAGCCUCGUUGGCAGCAGAGCAGCAGCAGCAGCAGCAGCAAUUAUGUGAAGUGGUCCACCGUGUUUGGAUUCGCUGCUGCUGCACCUGCUUGAGCGUAGGGAGCCGCUGCGCAGCAGCUGCAGCAACAGCAGCAGCAGCAGCAGCAGCGGGUGCAGACUCAGCUGCAGCAGAUGCUGCUGCUGCAUCGCCAUCUAAAGAUUGCGCACAGGCGAAACCAGAAGAGGUGCUCACCUCAGCAAGAUACAAUGAGGCUCUUAUCGCCUUCUCCUCUGCUGUCGCUUCUGACGAGUUCGUGGACUUAUUCAAACUCUUGCUGCUGCCCCUGCAGGUGCGGGGGGGAGCAGCAGCGAGACGGCAGGCUGCUGCUGCUGCGCCUUUUGAGCAGCAGGACGAGGAAGAGGAGCAGCAGCAGCAGCAGCAACCUCUGCACGACAGCAGCAGCGCUGCUGCUAGAUUUGCUGCUCUAACAGUAAGGGAGUUGCUGCGGCUGUGGGUGACGGGGCAAGCAGCAGCGCGUCAUUUUGCUGCUUCUGCUGCAGCAGCAGGAACUGCUGCUGCUGCUUCCCGUGCUGCAGCAGCUCCGUUCUUGCUGCUGCCUGCCGCUGUUGCAGGAAGGCUUCGCUUUGUGCUGCAGUGUAUGGCUGAGGCAUAUGCGCAGCACUUCGCUGCAGCUGCAGCUGCAGCAGCAGCAGCAGCAACGGAAGCAGCUCAUCAAGGUCGGCAGCAGCAGCAAUCGCGAGCUCUCAAUCUUAUACAGUGGCAGCGGCGGGUGGGCCCUGUGCUGCUGCUGCCGCUGCUGCUGCAGCACGCGGUGGUGCCGCUGCUGCAGCAGCAAGAUAAAGACCUGCUCAUACACCGCAGCACCUCCUGGAAGCCCUACGCCUAUUUGCUGCUGGAGGCAGUUUCUCCCAAGCAGCAGCAGGAGCAGCAGCAGCAGCAACAGCAGCAGCAGCAGCAAGUGCUGCAGCAGGAACGAACCCAAAAGCGUUCCCAGCAACAGCAGCAACAGCAGCAGCAGCAACAGCAACAGCAGCAACAGCAACAGCAGCAGCAACAGCAGCAGCAGCAGCAGCAGUCUGUUGUGCCUCGUUUCUUCAGCGCAUGCAUCCUUCUUAGCUGCGCUUAUAUAACUGGCCGCAAUCGCUUUGUUCGUGUUGCUGCUUUGAAGGGGCUGCUGCAGCUGCUGCAGCCUUUGCUGCAGCUGCUUGCUGCUGUGCAGAGGGAGUGUGGGGUGCUGCAGCACAUGACGCAGCAGCAGCAGCGAGAUUCCCCAGGAGGAGCAGCAGCAGCAGCAACAGCAGCACCAGCAGCAACAGCAAACGUGCAGCUGCAACGUGCAGUUUCUGUUGCAGGUGAAGGUCUUGCCUCGCUGCUGCAGCCUCGCGUCGAGGUGCUCCUGCAGUCUCUUGCUGCUGCUGCCUCCCUGGGUCGCCCGCAGUGUCUCUGCAGCAACAGCAGCGGGAGCAGCAGCAGCAGCAGCAGCGGCAGCAGCAGCAGCGGCAGCAGCAGCAGCGGCGGCAACGUGGAUGUUUUUGUGUCUAUAAGGCCUUUAGGCGACACUUUGCUGCUGCAGCUUGCUGCUGCUGUUGGAGUGCGUCCGCUGCUGCAGCUGCUGCUUCCGCAGCUGCAGCAGCUGCUGCACUCGCAAGGGGAAUCGUUGCUGCAGCUGAUGGAUCCUGCUACUGCAGCAACAGCAGCAGAAGCAGCACGGCUGUUGGAGGCAGAAGGGGCCUUGUGGCUGCUGCUGCAGCUGUCGGGUAGCCCGCAUGCAAAGCAAUAUACUCCGCCGUUGCUGCAAGAAGCAGCAGAGCAGCUGCUGCUGCUGCGGCAGCAGAAGCAGCGGCAGCAGCAGCAGCAGCAGCGGCGGCAGCAGCAGCAGCAGCAGGUGCCUUGCACCGCCUGCGGAGCUUCAGCAAGCGUUGCUGCUGCUUGGGCUGCCCGAGCGUCGUUUGCUGCUGCGCUUGUGGUGUCCCCUGCGCCUGCAGGGCCAGCAGCAGCAGCAGCAGCAGCAACACCAGCAGCAGCAGCGGCAACAGCGGCAGCCGAACACUUGUUUCGUCGGCUUGAUCUUGUUGCAAGGUGGACAGCUGAGCUUGGAGAGGCCCUAGGUCUCAGCAGCUGCAGCAGCUGCUGCUGCAGCAACAGCAGCAGCGAAGAGAACCAACAGCAGCUGCAGCAGCAGCAGCAGCAGCAGUUGGGGAUGGCGCUGUUUCGUCGUAUGUCUGUCGCUGUGCUGCAGCUGCUGCUGUCUGCUGACGUGUAUCUGCAGCGUCAAGUUGCUGCACUUGAGGCCGCGCGUGGCGAUGCAGCCGCAGCAGCAACAGCAGCAGCAGCACUCCAAGCGCAUGCGCCGCUGCUGCUGCUGCAGCUGCGAGGCCUCCCUCAGCUGUCUCCUGCUGCUGCUUGUCUUCCUACCGGCUGCUGCUCGCUCCCUUUGCUGCGGGCCUUUCUCUCAAUUGUCUGUCACUUAUUCAGGCUGCUGCAGCUGCUGCAGCAGCACCUGCAGCAGCCAGAAGCUGCUGCUGCAGCAGCAGCAGCAGCAGGUGGGGCGCCAAACCCCCUUCAAGUUGCUGCAGCAACAGAAGAACAUCUCUACUCCUGCAGCAAAUGGCUGCUGCAGCAAAACUUCCGUGGUCGCCUCAUUGGAGGCAGCAAACCUGCUGCUGCUGCAGCAGCUUCAGCAGCAGCAGUUGCUGCUGCUUCUGCUGCUCCUGAGGUGUCUCGGCACCUCGCCCCACAGCAUAAGGCGGUGGCCUUGCGCCAAUUCCUCACGAUCGCUGCUUUUUCGUGUUGCUUACCGCUCCAGCUGCAGCAGCAGCUGCAGCAGCAGCAGCAGCAGCAGCAUGUGCAAGCUGGAGAGCAACAGCAACUGCAACAACAGCAGCAGCAACAGAAGCAGCAGCAGCAAUUGCGGCCUCUGGAUGCUCUGUCAGUUCGUGGGUUAGCUGCAGCACUGCAGAAGGAGACACCGACGCUGCAGCAGUUGUUGCUGCGUCUCGCUGAGCCUAGCAGCAGCAACAGCAGCAGCAGCCGCAGCAGCAGCAGCAGUGAAGUGUCUGCGUUAGUACUGGGUCUGCUGGAGGAGUGCAGCGCUGCUGUUUGUGCUGCAGCACCUUUAAACCCUCAAAGUAUGCAGGCCUCACGGGAUUUGCUGCUGCAGCUGCUGCUGCUGCUGUCUCCUCUGUGCAGCUGCCACCAACAGAAGCAGCGCAGCAAACAAGGAAGCAGCUCCCCUGCAUCCAGUCGCAGCAGCAGCAGCAGCAGCAUGGUAGAAGUCUGCAGCAGCAGCAGCAGCUGCAGCAGAGAGAGCAGAAGCUGCGGCUUGCUGCAGCUAAGUGUACAUACCUGGCUGGCGCGUGUGCUGCUGCCGUUGCUGCGGUGUAUCUCCACAUCGCAGCAACACGCUGAGGAGGCGCUGUCGGCGCUGCUGCAGCUGCUGCUGCUGCUGCUGCAGCACGUGCUGGCGGGCGCUUCUCAAGUGCUGCCUGAGCAGACAGCUAGCGACCACCGCCGCAGCAUUAAGAGGCCUCAUGCUGCUGCUGCUGCUGCUGCUGCACCUGUGCUGACAAAGGGAGGCAGCAGCAGCCAGCGCGACAGCAGCAGUAGCAACUCGGCAGCCGCAGCAGCAGCAGCAGCAGCAAUCGCAGCUACAUAUAUAGGAGGAGAGGCAGACGUUGCUGCUGCAGUGGAUCUGUUCUUGGCUGAGCAGCAGCUGCUGCUGCGUUCCAUCUUUGAGUGUCUCUCCACCUGCUUUUCGCUGCCGCUGCCUAGUUUGGUGCUGCUGCAGCAGCAGCAGAGCCAGCUGCUGCUGCAGCAGCUGCUGCUGCUCACGCUACAGCACAUUCUCCCUGCAACUGUUGCUAUGCUCAAGAGGGAAGGGGGCGCAGCAGGUGCAGCUGCUGCACCUCCUUCGGCUGCAGCAGCAGCUGCAGCACCAGCAGCAGCUGCAGCACCAGCAGGAGGCGCUGCAGCAGAAGCACCGGCAGAAGCAGAUGCAGCAGCAAAUGCAGCAGCAGAGCACUGGCCGCACGCGCUGCUGCUGUCUGCCCUUCGUUUCCUUCUGAGUCUCGCAAAGGUGAGUCGCGGUGAUUUGCUGCUAACAGAUACCAGCAGCAGCAGCCAGCACUCUCUUGCUGCUGCAUUCAGAAUCCGGCGCCUGCUGCCGCAGCAGCAGCAGCAGCAACAGAAGCGUUUGCAUUACCAGGGUCUCCGCAGCGCCAGCGCCGCUACAGCAGCAGCAGCAGCAGCAACACCAGCAGCAGCAGCAGCAGAGCCGAACAUCGAGAUAGAAGAGCUCCCCCCAAUAGAGCAAGAAGCCCUGAAGGAGAAGACGCAGCAGGUGCUGCGCUCCUGUGCUGCUGAAGCUACGCGUUUGCUGCUGCAGCCCUGCGAUUACUCGUUGCUGCUGCUGCUGCAGGUACACGCGGCGAGGCAGCUGGGCAUCCGUGCUGCUGCUGCUGCUGUUGCAGCGGACGACUACAGCAGCAGCAGCACUGCAGCACCUGCUGCUGCUGCUUCUGCUGCUGUUGCCCAGCAGCCGGGAGUGAAGGAGGAGACAGCAGAAGCAGCAGCAGCAGCAGCAGCAGCACAACAAAAGGCGUCCCCGCAGCAGCUGCAGCACCAGCUGCAGCAGCUGCAGCAGCAACAACAGCAGCAGCUUCUCUCUAAAGCUCAGAGGAAGGCAACCUGUGCCGAGUUGCUGCUGCACUGGGCAGCAGCUCUGCUGUGGGGUGGUGCUGCUUGCUGCUGCAGCAGCCAGCUAUCAUCCUGCUGGGGACACACGCUGGCGGUGCGUGUUGCGCAACAGCAGCAGCAACAACAGCAGCAGCAGCAGCAGCAGCAGGAACAGGACGAUGAGCAGCAGCGGGGCAGCACACGGGAUGCUUUGCGUGCAGACAGCAGCGCCGAUGGGCGCCAUUCGGACGCUCAAGCUGCAGCAGCAGCAGCAGCAGCAGGUGUUGCUGCUGCUGUUGCGACGCAGCACAAAGCAGAGAAGCUUUGCUGGCAGCUGCUUGGCACACUGCUGCUUCCUGCUGCAGCAACAUCGAGGGAGGCGGGACCUGCUGUGCUUGGCGCAGAGGACAGCUUGCUGCAGCUGACUGGUGUUGAUACACCCGGACCCAGCAGCAGCAGCAACAGCAGCAGCAGCAGCAGCAGCAGCAGCGGUCUUCCUACUUGCAGCAUGCUGCCUAUUACUGCUGUCCCUUCUUUAGGGGUUUACACCUCUUGGCGUAUUAUCGCUGCCUUUCAUUUGAUGCUGGGUCUUUCUCUGUCUCCGGGAGCAACAGCAAUUGCUGCUGCUUGCGGCUGCAGUAGCAGCAACAGCAGCAGCAGCAGCAGCAGCAGCAGCGGUCCAACUCCCGCUGCUGCUGCUUCCCGUGCAGCUCGCUCACCGGAAGCAGCGCUUGUUAAACGCGACAACAACAGCAGCAGCAGCAGCAACAGCAGCAGUAGAGGCAGCUGCUGCUGCUGCAUGCAGCCGCUAUGCAAUUGCUGCAGCUCCAUCUCGUGCUGCUGCCCCUGGGUGUGGGUAUUUCGCGAAUCAGCACAGCAGCAGCAGCAGCAGAUAAGGAACUGGUGCUGCUGCUGUGCCGCUGUGCUAUGGUAUGCGCAGCUGCUAGUGAGGACAGCUGCUGCUUAUCCUGCUGCUAUUGGCUGUCUCUCCAGCAGCAGCAGCACUCGGGGUGUACAUACACCUCUCGGUCCUUAUUGGGUGAGCAGCAGCAGCAGCAGCAGCAACUGCAGCAGCUGCGCUGCGGCGCAGCAAGAAGGAGCUCCGCCUGCUGCUUUGCAUGCGCCUCCUCUGCUGCUGCUGCACCCCUUUCAAGAGCUGCUGUGUGCUUCUGCUCUCGAGCAGCUGCCGGCUGUCCAGCAACAGCGGCAGCAGCAGCAGCAGCAGCAGCAGGGUUCUUCUCAGCAGCAACAGCAGCAGCAGCAAAUGUCGCUGCAGCAGUCGCGUCAGCAGCAACUGCUGCUUCUCCAGGGGCUUCCUACAGCUGCGCUCCCUCCAGCUGUGCUCGCAGCAGAAGAAGCAGCGCAGCAGCUGCUGUUUGUCUGCACGGAGCAGCAGCGGCUGCUGCAGCAGCAGGGGCCCGUGCUGCUGGCGUUGCUGCAGACACGCAGGCCUGCUUCCAAUUUGCUGCGGCUGGCUGCUGCUCUGCAGCAGCGAGAGUGGUUGGAGCAGCAGGCUGUUGAGAGGGACACAGCAGCAGCAGCAGCAGCGGCAGCAGCAGCAGGCAUCCCCCCGCAGCAGCGCGUGCUGCUGCAGCUAGCAGCAGCGCAGCAAAAAGGAGAUGUGCUGCACCUCAUCGAGCUGCUGUCUCCUCCAACGCCUGUUGCUGCUGCUGUACCUUCUCCUUCUGGGGUUCGAGCGCCGCCUCGUUUGGUUGGCGCUGCAGCAGCAGCAGCAGAAGCAGCAGCAGCAGCAGCAGCAGCGGCUGCUGCUGCUGCUGCUUCAGGAGCAGCCGAAGCAGCACCAGAGCCAACGGGAAAGGUUAAGACCGGCAGCAGUUCCCUCUUUGGGGCAAAUAGAAACAGAGCAAAGGCUGCAAGGCGCAGCGUUCGCCCGGGGGCCAGCUAG